AUGCAUCUGAAUACCGCCUGCGUCGGGGCAAGCGUGACUCCGACGGUGGUGUCGACAUGGUUUUCUCACUAUCUCGACCGAAAGUCUCGUCACCAAAAACCCACCGCACAUGUAUCCUACGACGAAGGACUACAUGUCGUCCGCGCCUUUCUCAAACAUGCUGCACUCCACACUGUUGAAGAUAUCCAGGCAUUCACUGCCCAGAAGAUUCCCACGCCGCAUUGGGUCAAGAUCAAGGAGGAGGUCAUCCCAACCGAUUACCUGACCAAAGCCGCGGGGAGCAUCAAUGCGCAAUUGGGCGAGCGGGGCAUAACACGUGUGGGUGGGAAGACCUGGUGGCAAUGGCGCGGUCACCAGGAAGACCUCAAAUGCGAAUGGAUCGAGAUGAAGAGUGAUUACAACGCUAGGAAACAAAGUCGCACGCGGUCGAAACGCGUCAUGUUUUACGUCCACGGGGGAGCUUACUUCUUCGGUAGCAUUGACACCCACCGCUAUAUGAUACAGCGGCAUGCGCGGAAGUUAAAGGCCCGGGUUAUUGCACGGCCCAUACUGACUGAAUCACUAGCCUCUUAUCGCCUCUCACCUCAAUUCCCUUUCCCCUGCGGUCUACAAGAUUGUCUAGCAGCAUACCUAUAUCUCUUGACCAUUCAAGACCCCUCAGAAAUUAUUGUAGCCGGUGAUUCUGCCGGUGGCGGCAUGCUACUUUCGAUGCUGGUUGUGCUACGGGAUCAGAGCCUUCCGCUACCGGCCGGGGCCAUUCUCAUCUCCCCAUGGGUUGAUCUCACCCAUUCUUUCCCGUCCGUUGCAGCUGGGAGUUCGCUUGACUACAUUCCCGAGCAUGGCUUCAUGCAUCGUCCGUCAUCAGCAUGGCCACCUCCAAACUCGGAUGACUUAGCUUCGAUUUACAAGGCUGCAACGGAAGGUGGGCGGGCUGGCCAAGCUAAAUCUAAUGGUAUAGGAAGGAAGGACCAGCCUUCUGACCAAAAGACUGCUAUCCAAGGCUUUGCUAUAAAGGAGAGCAUUUCUGAAGAACAUCGCCACGCCUAUCCCGGCCUCCACAGUAACCUGAAGCCAACCAAUGAAGAACAUAUUCGAACUGGCAAGGCGGAUACUCUAGUUGUUCCCAUGGGAAACAAUACUACGGUAGAAAUAAAAGAUCAAAUCCAGAUGUACUGCCCCAACCAGAUGUUAUCGCAUCCAUUGGUGUCGCCUGUUUUGCAGCCAUCCUUGGGCGGACUGCCUCCCCUUUUAAUCUUGACUGGCGGUGGAGAACUGCUACGCGAUGAGCAGAUAUAUCUAGCGCAUAAAGCAGCUAAUCCAAUGUCCUACCUUCCAAUGGAUGCCUACCUUGAUGAACAUGAUCCUGACAGGAUCUUAAUCAACAAGUACGAACCUACAUACGUACAACUUCAAGUUUGGGAUGACUUGUGCCAUGUUUCUCCCACCCUGAGUUGGACCAGACCCGCAACGUUUAUGUUUCGGUCAAUUGCUCAAUUUGGUGCUUGGGCAUUAGCCCAUGCGCAGCACGAAGAUAUCGAAAUUCCAAAUGACUAUGCUUCAUCAAUUUCUAGUUCCUCAUCAUUUUCAGAAUCCGAUGAACAACAGCCGAAGGGGUCUGUUGGAAAAGCAGGCGAUGCUUUACCCUCGUUCCGGAAGCAUAUGAUCAGACAAAGAGUGGACAGACAUGGUGUGAUAUAUAAUCUCGAUGCACCGCAUACUAUUCCGGCGCUUCAACAACCGCGAGAAAAGGUCGGCUCUAUCAAUCCAGCAAUUGUCAGCAAGUGGCUAGGGGCGAAAAAGUCAUGGGACGAGAAGUUUGCAAAGCAAAAACUCCGAGUUCAACGUAACCGCAUCAAGGAUUUUGAGAAGGGAUAUUACGGUUUUGAUGACGAAAUCCCCCCGGCGUGCGCUAUAGCGAGUAGACGGAUGGAAAAAGAUAUUGCUCCCUCAAAGCCACGGAAGAGCUAUGGCCUGAUGCUAUGGUCUCUAAUGGUGAAUAAGCAUGACAAAGAAGUUGUCAGGAAAGAAAACAAGGUUGAUGAGACCACUUAUGCCACGUCUACACCUGAUGAAGGGAGAGGUCGAGGAACUGAUGAUACCGCUACGGAACAAACAGACAGUCGACACCAAGAUAGUUUGGCGGGAUCAAGAAGAAAUGAGCUUUCUCCACUACCAAAUGGAGAGCAGUCUCAUAGUCGUUCGCGAAGUCGCUCUCGUAUUGUGAGCGACCGUGGUCAGGCUAUUGACACGGAUCAAGAAAAGAAGCUAUCUGCGAACUUGGUUUUCCAUGGCCCUGCUCAAGAGCAGGGUAAUGAUGUGAUCGUACCUGUAUCAAUGGAUUCGGGUAGCUCGCCUCUUAUUCUUCUCCCUAGUCCCGACACUAACCACGGUUCACAUCAAUCAAGUUGGCUGGAAAAUGCCAGCACAAAGGCUGUCCUGGAUGCUGACGGUGUGAUCAGCAUCAAAGAUAACGUCUCAUUACGCCCGGAUACCUUGUCACUGUCAAGUACCGACAGUGUACCGAGAUUUGCAGAGUCGUCAUUAUUCCAAAAGUCUCUUUAUCGCUCUGAUCGAAGCGCCAGCACUUUAGCAGAUAGCGUGUCGCACGCCCCUUCGACUACUAUUGAUGACAAGGGGCUAGCAAGCUUCCCGAAUGCUAGCACCACAGCUGUCCAUCAUGCUCCUGGUAUUUUGAAGGGCAAAAAGGCUAUUCAGUCAAGUACCGUCGAAGGACCGUCAGCCAAUGCGGGACUACGCACUGUAGAUGGUGAUGCGAAUACAAAUAACGUUUCCCAUGAAACCGGGGUUAUUACACCCAAACCGAUCUCGAAUGAUAGGGAUAAAGAAUUCCCUUUUAAUGCUCAAAGACCAGAAAUGCCAGAUCGUGAUGAGUUUAUCACUGCCGAAGAGUAG